AUGGCAUCUGUCUGUGUUGUAUUGCGGACUUGUGGGAUAUUAUUAUUAUUAAUUAUGCAAGUGUCAGCUAAAAAUAAUUUAUCUGUUGAACCAUGGAUAGUGUCUUUGAACGUAGUGGCAAAAUCUUGUGUUGAUGUAAAGUGUAAAUAUUUAUUAUUAAUCAACGGCAGUGAGUUUUUGGGCCACAAUUCUUGGAGAUUAACGUCCAAAGAGGGUUCUAGAGGCAGUCAUUGUGAUACUAUAUACCCGAAUUACGAAUUACACGAAGUUGAAACAACACAAUGGUUUACAAAGAUCAAAAUAUUAUUACCUAAAGUAAAUGAAAAAAUAUAUAUUUGUUUGAGACAUAGCAAAGAAAAGAAUAAUCCGGUGAACGGUUUAUGGAUACAUCAGGGCGUUGAAUUAUUUCUCAAUCCCACCGGCGACGAAAAUAUAUCACAAGAAAUUUCAACCGACUCGUCAAAUUUAAUAGAAGAUCAGGUCAAGGGCAUUGAACUUCAAGAAACAACAACCUGGUCUGACCUCUCUGGAGACAUAAAGGUCAACUAUAUUGGUAAGGUCAAACCAUCAAGAGACGAGGUCAAAGAUAUUGAAGUGCUAAAAGAAAACAAAUACGUACCACUCAGUGAAAUAGAAACAGAAUUUAUAGAUAGAAAUGAUCUCAAUGGUAUAGAGAUGAACAAUGAUAGGAGAAAGAGAGAUAAUGAUAAUGAUAUAAAUGAUAGGAGAAAGAGAGAUAUCAUUAAAGAUCUCAAUCAUGAGAUGUGGAAGAUGAAUGAUGGUAAAGUACCAGAGAGGCCGCCAGAGAUGUUUCAGAACGACGGUGUGGCUAAUGUGGUCAAUCCUCAACUUGGUGAUUUCACUGUGGUCAGAACAGAUGCUGUGCCAAUAUUCGUUGAGGGUUUGAGGGUAGAAGACGCUGCAAAGGAACCGAAGAUUAUAGAAGAGGGUAUACCAAGCGUUUUAGCUGAUACGAAGGUUGUUCUUAGGCUAUUCGGCCAAGGUUUCACCCCAAGGACGGUAAUCGCUUUUACACAAGAUCCCAUGGAUUACGGUCAGCCUUGCAAGUUUCUUGUUAAAGGGGAAUAUAUGGCUAUGGAGGGAUCCGUAACGAAAUCCUCAGUACUAUUCGAUAUAAUAGCACCAUCACCGAUAGUCGGUUCCAAAUUAUAUAUAUGCGCGAAAAAUUUAAAACCAGGCAUCACUGACCCUAAUAAGGACGAAGAGAAAUACAUUCACCAGGGUACGGAGAAGUUUAAGAUAUUGGCUACCCAUAAUAAACUACUACCGCUAUGGGUGUCAUUAACAUUGAUUCUCGUCUGCCUAAUGUUCUCCGCAUUAUUCUCCGGAUUAAAUCUCGGUCUCAUGUCGUUGGAUAGGACGGAAUUGAAAAUCAUUUCCAACACAGGGACAGAGCAGGAAAGGAAAUACGCCAGGGCCAUCAUGCCGGUUCGAGAUCAUGGAAAUUAUUUGCUAUGCAGUAUUCUGUUGGGCAAUGUGGCAGUUAAUUCCACAUUCACGAUACUCCUGGAUGAAUUGACUUCUGGUCUGUUUGCUGUAAUAUUCUCGACGCUGGCUAUAGUACUGCUGGGUGAGAUCACUCCGCAAGCUAUCUGUUCGAGACACGGGCUCAUGGUAGGGGCUAAAAGCAUCGUUAUUACUAAGGCGGUGAUGGCACUCACAGCGCCUCUAGCGUUUCCGGUGAGCAAACUUCUGGAUUACUUCCUGGGUGAAGAAAUUGGCAGCGUCUACAACAGAGAGAGACUCAAGGAACUAGUGAAGCUCCAGGUGACUACUGAUGUCAAUGACCUCGACAAAGAUGAAGUGAACAUCAUCUCUGGAGCAUUGGAACUGAGGAAGAAAAAGGUUUCAGAUGUGAUGACGAAGCUUGAAGAUGUUUUCAUGCUGCCUAUCACCUCGGUUCUGGACUUUGAGACCAUGUCAGAGAUCGUCAAGUCUGGUUUCUCCCGUAUCCCAGUAUACGAGGGUACUCGCACCAACAUCGUGACGGUGCUGUUCAUCAAGGACCUGGCGUUCGUGGACCCUGACGACAACACGCCUCUCAGAACACUCUGCCAGUACUAUCAGAACCCCUGCAACUUCGUCUUUGAGGACGUUACGUUGGAUGUCAUGUUCAAGCAGUUCAAAGAAGGUCACAAGGGUCACAUGGCGUUCGUGCACCGUAUCAACAACGAGGGCGAGGGUGAUCCCUUCUACGAAACAGUCGGGCUGGUGACGCUGGAGGACGUGAUCGAGGAGAUGAUACAGGCUGAGAUCGUUGAUGAAACGGAUGUGUUCACGGACAAUCGUUCGAAAAGGCGUCGCAACCGCCCCCAGAACAAGUUGCAAGACUUCGCAGCCUUCGCUGAGCGCCACGAGAACCAAAGGAUACAUAUAUCUCCGCAACUUACCUUGGCUACCUUCCAGUUUCUAAGCACCAGUGUGGACGCGUUCAAGCCGGAUACAGUAUCAGAAACAGUGCUGCGUCGUCUGCUGAGGCAGGACGUGAUUCACUACAUCAAGAUGAAAGGGAAAAGCAAGAGAGAGGCCAGCACUUACGUGUACCAGCAGGGGAAAGCGGUGGACUACUUCGUGUUGAUCCUGGAGGGGCGCGUGGAGGUGACGGUCGGCCGAGAGAACCUCAUGUUCGAGGCGGGGCCCUUCACGUACUUCGGCGUGCAGGCGCUCACGCAGAACGUGGGAGUGGCGGAGUCCCCCACGCCGUCCGCGAUGGGCUCCCUCCAGAACAUCAACAUGGAGGCCAUGCUGAGACACACGUUCGUCCCCGACUACUCGGUGAGAGCUGUAUCAGACCUCUACUAUUUGGCUGUUAAGAGGUCCCUCUAUUUAGCAGCGAAGAGGGCCACGCUUAUGGAAAAGGGGGCCUUAUCGAAAGGGGCCACAAACGAACAGUUUGAUACUGAAGUUGAUAAGCUUCUUCAAUCCGUUGAUGAAGACAUUAGCAUCAGUGGUGAGAACAAGACUCCAUCUAGACAGGUGUCCCCUAACCCAGCGGUGCCGCCCUCGCCCGCGACCCGGGCGUCUUUCUCCCGAGUGUCUCCAGACAGAAACGGGGAUAUAUUCGGCAGAGAUGAACAGGAGAAGCUAUUGAAACACUGA